AUGUCUUUGUUCAAACGAAAUCAAGUCGUCGACGAACCCGAUACUGACGAGGAGAAUGAUGAGACGAUCGACCCAGAGCUGCGCUUGCGCACGGUGCGGACAGCUGCUUCCGCUAUAGCAGAAUCGAUCAGGUCAGAGCAGAGGACAGAAAGAAGGAAGUCACGAAGGUUCUUCAGACGACAUACGGCGGAGAAGAAGCAGCAUCAGCAGCUGGCGGCCCCUCCAGAAGUGGCACCGACUGCUGCCCCCAAAGUGCCCGGUGCGAGACGAAAUGUCUACGUUAAUCACCCAUUGUCAGCUAUGGAGGUGGAUGCUGAAGGGGAACCGAAAGCUAGAUACGUCAGGAACAAGGUUCGGACAACGAAAUACACAUUGAUCACAUUCAUACCAAAGAACUUGUAUGAACAAUUUCGACGUGUGGCGAAUUUGUUUUUCUUGUCGCUUGUUAUCCUGCAACUAUUCCCUAUAUUCGGUGCUGCCGCAGGUUCAAUAGCAGUUCUGCCGCUUGCUUUUAUUUUGACCGUCACCGCUAUCAAAGACGGUAUUGAAGACUACCGACGUGGAACUUUGGACGAAGAGGUCAAUACUUCAGCUGCCACGAAACUCGGAGGAGGAUUUCGGAACGUCAACCAACCCCGCGACCCCCGAAACUGGUUGGAGAAGCUUCUAGGACUGAACGCGCCUGGGAAGGUGACUAAGGGUGUAAGGAAACUAAGGGACAGGGAAGCCGGCGCUGCGGGGCAGGAUAUUAGGGUGAUUUUGAACAAAGGAGGAGAUGACUCUUCUAGUGUCCUCACACAUGAUGUUAGUCAGAGUAGCGUGGAUUUGACGCGAGGAGCAAGAGGCGCUGGUGGUCGGCGGUUGGAGGAUAUUCAGAGCGUGGACUCACACAGCUAUCCGCCUGCAACUCUCAACGACCUGUCGAAGACAUCACUAUCGGAGGGUUCAAUAAAUCUACCUAAAGGAACACCUGAAUGGUCACAAUUUGGGUCGCUAGCGAACUAUCAGCAAUCUGUGCAUUCUCAGUCUAAUAUUGGCGUAAUUGAUUGGAGAAAGAGGACCAGUGGUUCAUCGCGGUGGGAGAGAACGCUAUGGAAAAAGCUGGAGGUUGGGGAUAUUGUACUGCUGAGGGACAACGACCAGGUUCCAGCCGACAUCGUUGUGUUGUCAACCUCCGACCCCGAGAACAUGUGCUACCUGGAAACCAAGAACUUGGAUGGCGAAACGAAUUUGAAGCCUCGCAAAUCGGUCAGAGCCACGUCGUCUAUCAGCUCAGAAGACGACGUCGACAGGUCAUCCUUCUAUCUCGAUUCGGAGCCCCCACAUCAGAACUUGUAUCAUUAUCAUGCCGUCCUGCGCUACACUGACCCUGCAACGGGUGAGAAGAAACAAGAACCUGUGAGCAUCAACGAGCUUUUGCUUCGCGGCUGUGCCAUUCGAAAUACAGCUUGGAUCAUUGGAUUGGUUGUGUUCACUGGUGGAGACACCAAAAUUAUGCUGAAUGGAGGCGAAACACCCUCAAAGCGUAGCAAGAUCGAGAAGGAGACCAACUUCAAUGUCAUCGUCAAUUUCGUGGUUCUUACUCUUAUGUGUUUGAUUGCUGCUAUCUUCAGUGGCUUGGAAGAUGCGAAGACGGGCACUAGCUCCCAAUUCUACGAGAUCGAUACAGACCCGACGUCGUCUCUCAUUGUCAAUGCAGUCAUCACCUUUGUAUCAUGUCUUAUUGCAUUCCAGAAUAUUGUUCCCAUUUCACUGUAUAUUUCCAUCGAAAUUGUCAAGACCAUUCAGGCGUACUUUAUUUCACAAGACGUCGAGAUGUACUACAAACCUUACGACACACCUUGCGUUCCCAAAACCUGGAACAUCUCUGACGACCUUGGCCAAAUCGAAUACGUCUUCUCCGACAAAACGGGCACGCUGACGCAGAACAUCAUGGAGUUCCAGAAAUGCUCCGUACAUGGUGUCACAUAUGGCGAGGGGAUCACAGAAGCUCAGCGAGGUGCUGCCACCCGCGAAGGCAAAGGCGACACGCUCAACCCGGACGAGAUCAAUGCAAAACUCGAAAAACUCAAGACGCAGAUGGUGAACACGAUGGCGCGCGCUUUCAAAAACCGAUACAUGCAGGUCGACAAGCUCACACUGGUCUCGCCGAAGUUUGCAGAUGAUCUCAUCGACCGCUCAGGCGAGCAGCGCACGCAUAUGAUUGCAUUCUUUAGGGCUCUUGCGCUCUGCCAUAGUGUGCUCGCGGACAAGCCAGAGCCUCAGGCAUCGCCAUUUUUGAUCAACUACAAAGCAGAGUCUCCAGACGAGGCAGCGUUAGUCAGCGCCGCGCGCGAUGCAGGUUUCCCAUUUUUGGGCAAGAGCAAGGAUACACUGGAGAUCGAGGUUAUGGGUCAGUCGGAGAAGUACACGCUACUGAAGUUGCUCGAGUUUAACAGCACGCGCAAGCGAAUGAGCGUGGUUCUCCGGUGUCCUGAUGGCAAAUUGAUCAUGUACUGCAAAGGUGCUGACAGCGUCAUCUAUGAGCGGCUUGCAAAGGACCACGAUCCCGAAUUGAAGGAACGGACGAGCAAGGACAUGGAAAUGUUUGCGAAUAAUGGUCUGAGAACGCUAUGCAUCUCGUACCGCUAUCUUGAGGAAGAAGAAUAUAUGAACUGGUCCAGAAUCUACGACCUUGCCACCAACGCUAUUGAGAAUCGCGAAGAGGAAAUCGACAAAGCAAAUGCAUUGAUUGAGCAUUCACUCACCAUUCUUGGAGCGACGGCGUUGGAGGACAAGUUGCAGGAGGGAGUUCCAGAGGCUAUUGAGAUGUUGCACAGAGCCGGAAUCAAGUUGUGGAUUCUGACUGGUGACAAGCUCCAGACUGCCAUCGAAAUCGGCUACAGCUGCAAUUUACUCAAGAACGAUAUGGACUUAAUGAUUCUUUCCGCCGCCACGCUCGAACAAACCCGUGCCCAGCUUGAGGCUGGUUUGAACAAGAUUGCCUCGGUGCUAGGCCCACCUACAUGGGACCUGCGCAGGCGUGGAUUCGUUCCGGGCGCACAGGCGUCUUUUGCGGUGGUCAUUGAUGGAGACACGCUCAGGCACGCCCUGACGCCUGAAUUGAAACCACUAUUCUUGAAUCUGGGUACUCAGUGCGAGACUGUUGUUUGCUGCCGUGUGUCUCCCGCUCAGAAGGCUUUGACUGUCAAAUUGGUCAAGGAAGGACGUAAUGCUAUGACACUCUCCAUAGGUGACGGCGCCAACGACGUGGCCAUGAUCCAGGAAGCAAACAUUGGGUGUGGUCUAUUUGGUCUUGAGGGAUCCCAAGCUGCUAUGUCUGCUGAUUAUGCAUUUGGACAAUUCCGAUUCUUGACAAAGCUGCUUCUGGUUCAUGGUCGCUGGUCAUAUCAGCGCAUAGCAGACAUGCACAGUAACUUCUUCUACAAGAACGUUGUUUGGACGUUCGCUAUGUUCUGGUAUCUUCCAUUCAACAGCUUCAACGCAACCUAUCUGUAUCAUUAUACAUUUGUUCUGCUCUGUAAUCUUGUAUUUACCUCACUUCCCGUUAUUGUCCUUGGAGCUUUCGACCAGGAUAUCAAUGCUAAAGCGGCUCUGGCUUUCCCUCAACUCUACGUCCGUGGAAUUCGCGGUCUGGAGUACACCCGCACUAAAUUCUGGAUGUACAUGACCGAUGGCUUGUACCAAUCGGCUGUUGUUUACUUCUUCCCCUAUUUUGUUUGGACUAUUGGUUUACCGAUUUCAUGGAAUGGAAAAGGCGUGGACUCUUUGGCGGAUUUUGGAACUACUGUGGCCGUCGCUGCCAUCAUGUCAGCGAAUGCUUAUGUUGGACUGAAUACCCAUUAUUGGACUAUCAUGACUUUCAUAGUUGUGAUUGGCUCCACACUUGUCAUGCUUUUGUGGAUUGUGAUUUACUCGUUCUUCCCAAGUGCCGACUUUGUGGAUGAGGUUACAAUUCUUUUUAGCACAAUAUAUUUCUGGGCUUCUGUAUUCCUGGCUACAACUGUCUGUCUUGCCCCUCGUUUCAUUGUCAAGUAUUGGUCAACAGUCUACCAACCAUUGGAUAAAGAUAUCGUUCGCGAGAUGUGGGUUAAGGGCGAUCUGAAAGAUCAACUCGGGCUAUCACAUCGCAAAAACCGAAAACAAAAAUCACCGCAAAAUCUGGAAGCUGCUCCUAUGUUCACCGAACAACACGCUCGCUCGCUGUCGGAAAUAUCUAGUAUUCACAACGUCUACGAGCCUGCGCAUUUAAGCAGUCCUGCGCCAAAUGCAACGCCAAGACAGACCUACCUUGAUACCCCGCCUAUGAACGAAAAUCUAGAACUUCCUCCCCGUGAACCUGGUGUGCAGUAUGCCCAAGUCCGCAAUCAACCUGUCAGCGAUACACAUCUUUCCCCCCUUCCUCUUGGCGCCCGAUUUGAUAACACACCCUCACCACAACCGUCCUAUUAUUCUGCAUCCGAUCUACCGCCAGCUUCUCCUUUACCGUCUCCUAAAUAUCGAUACCCGAAUGGCGAGAUCACAAGCACUCCGCCCAGUAGACGGACCAGCUUAGCUACUUCAAGAGCGGCUUCUGUUUCUGCCAGAGGCGCCCCCCAGAGUCCCAUGCCUACCGCUCCAUUGCCUCCACAACCGCAUUCGCCAAAUGCCCUUCUUGUUCCGGGAUCACCCUACGGCCCUGGACAAAUGACCGACGCUGCGCAGUAUGAAAUGCAGGUAAGGAGUGGUCAGCAGCAACAGUAUCAACAUAAUCAACCUUAUUCUGCUGCAUCUGUUGUCCCUCCUUCCCCGUAUGGAUCUGUCAACCUGGCCCAGAGUGAGAUAUCCCAUGCAACGUAUGCGACCGCUGCCGACGACUUUUACGACGCGCAGGAAGAUGUACGGGGAACUAAUUUGGGCUAUCUUACCCCAGAGCAAGAUGUGUAUGGGAGUCAGCAAGCACAGCCGAUGGCUUAUUCGCCACAAUAUGGCUCAAAUCACCCACAACCCCAACAGCAGCAAUACCAGCAGCAUCAGCACCUUCAGCCUGCGGUGCUUGACGUUGACGAAAUAAAUGAUGGAGAUGGGUCGACAUUGAGGCACCAUCGGCCAGUGAGUGCAGUGAGUAAUGCGUCGACGUGGGAGGGUGGCCGAGCGCUGUAA